UUCAGGCAGAGGUGGCGUACAUAUGUUUACUCCCCACGAGGAUUCUCGCUUGACAAUCAUGGUUUUGGCUUUUGGUCCCCAUUUUGUUGCUUUGCCAGCUCGGUUUCUAACUGACAUAACUGUUGCUGCAAAGUUCUCACGCUGCCAUCCCUGCUAGUGGUGCUCUCCCCUUUUCCACCUCCAAAAUUUUACCUUGUUUUUUCUGCCUCUUUCCUCUUCCCUGCUGACCCUUUUGCCUGUCCAAUUGCUCACUACCAUCCAAAGCUUGCACCAUACCUCAACCUCUCAUCGCUCGACGUCCCUCUUCAAGAUUCGGUCAUCUCAAUCUUAAUCUCCAGAAUACUCAUAUAUGUAUGUCUGAACCUUUUGCCUGUCCAAUUGCUCGCUACCAUCCAAAGCUUGCGCCAUACCUCGACCUCCCAUCCCCCGACUCCCCUCUUCAAGAUUCGGUCAUCUCUAUCUUAAUCUACACACUGCUCAUAUAUAUAUAUAUAUAUAUAUAUCUGCGUGUAUGUGUGUGUGUGUGUGUGGACACACAACAUACACAUGCACUUACAUAUGUUAUCCAGAGAAAAAACCCCACAAGUUCUUGAUACAAGAUCGUUUGUAUUUCAGGAGAAGAUUAUUAGAUGUUAAUAAUCUUGUAUUGUUGUAGUUAGCAAGAGCUUUUAAGAGUUCUCGCCACCUUCUCUUGCUCUCUCCUUCUGAUAUUAGUCAAUUGUGCUUUCGUUUUCUUCGUGGGUGUAGUUUGGUUUAGUAUCUUUGAGGGCAUGGCUUUGCACUUGGGGAAAAUUGUGGUGGGAGUAUUUAUUAUGCGUAUUCUGGAUUUAUUUCAAGUAUACGGUGGAAUUCCUACAACCCUUGAAGGACCCUUUAAGCCUGUGACUGUUCCAUUGGAUGAGAGUUUCAGGGGAAAUGCAAUAGAUUUGCCUGAUUCUGAUCCCAGAGUGCAAAGGAAGGUUUCAGGGUUUGAGCCUGAACAAAUUUCAGUCUCCCUUUCUUACAAUUAUGAUUCAGUCUGGAUUUCUUGGAUUACAGGAGAAUUUCAAAUUGGUAAGAGCAUAAAACCAUUGAACCCGCAAAGCAUUGCCAGUAUAGUGCACUAUGGCAAGUUGAGAUUUCCUAUGAUUCACAAAGCUACUGGAGAAUCGCUCAUCUACAGUCAACUUUAUCCUUUCGAAGGCCUCCGGAAUUAUACUUCUGGAAUUAUUCAUCAUGUCCGUCUCGCAGCAUUGGAGCCCAAUACAAUAUACUACUACAGGUGUGGAGAUCCUUCAAUACCUGCAAUGAGUGAGAUCUAUUAUUUCAAGACCAUGCCAAUUUCUACCCCGAAAAGUUAUCCGAGUAGAAUAGCUGUUGUGGGAGACCUGGGUCUGACAUACAAUUCCAGUUCGACAAUUGAACAUUUGACCAGCAACAGGCCCGAUCUGGUUCUGAUGGUUGGAGAUGUAUGCUAUGCUAACUUAUAUCUUACGAAUGGGACUAGCUCAGACUGCUAUUCUUGUUCUUUUCCAGAUACUCCAAUUCACGAGACUUACCAGCCACGUUGGGAUUAUUGGGGAAGAUUUAUGCAGCCACUGAUAUCUAAAGUUCCAAUAAUGAUGGUGCAAGGGAACCAUGAAAUAGAAGAACAAGCUCAGAAUCGGACUUUUGCAUCGUACACUUCUCGAUUUGCAUUCCCAUCUAAAGAAAGUGGAUCUUCUUCUGCAUUCUACUAUUCGUUCAAUACAGGGGGCAUACAUUUCAUAGUCCUAGGCGGAUAUGUUGCUUACAAUAAAUCAGAUGAUCAAUACAAAUGGUUGCAGAAAGAUCUAGCUAAGGUUAACAGAGAAGUUACUCCAUGGUUGAUAGCUACAUGGCAUCCCCCCUGGUAUACCACUUACAGGGCACACUACCGUGAAGCUGAAUGUAUGAAAGUCGCUAUGGAAGAUUUACUAUACCAGUAUGGCGUCGACAUAGUCUUUAACGGACACGUUCAUGCCUACGAGAGGUCAAACAGAGUGUAUAACUAUACCCUUGAUCCCUGUGGUCCUGUCCACAUAGCAAUCGGUGAUGGCGGCAAUAGAGAGAAGAUGGCAAUCACACAUACUGAUGAUCCAGGUAACUGCCCAGAACCAUCCGCCACACCUGACCAGUUUAUGGGUGGAUUCUGCGCAUACAAUUUUACGUCGGGCUCAGCUGCUGGUAAGUUUUGUUGGGAUAGACAACCUGAAUAUAGUGCAUAUAGGGAAACCAGCUUCGGCCAUGGAAUUCUGGAGGUGAAGAAUGAGACACAUGCUCUCUGGACAUGGCAUCGCAAUCAAGACAUGUACAAUAAAGCCGGAGAUCAGAUUUAUAUUGUAAGGCAGCCAGAGAGAUGUCUAGUUCGACCAAAGGAUUUCAUAACUUCAUUAGGAGUAUUGUGGGAACAAUGAGGAGGUACUUAGAAGUUUUGCUUUAAGGGGCAAAAGUGUUGACAUCCCAAGGACUGAUGAAGCAGAAAGGGAAGGAUUAUGCACAUUUUUCUUGGACUAUCUGUGCUUGUGAAAUUGAACUGUUGGUUUGGAAUGAAUGAAGGCUAUAAUAUCAUUUUGUCCAUUUCAAGCGCCUCGUCUGAAAACUAAAGAUGUAGGCACUAGUUCAAUACCUCACGCUGCAUCCAUGUCAAAAUAAGUAAUGGCUAUUAUAACUACUAUACAAUUCACAUAAUUUUACAUCUAAGUUGAAUUUGAGUCCAUUUUUCACUGUAAUCUUGGUACCUGGGUCAUAUGGGACUUGUCAUUUUUGUACAAG